GAGUCUCCCGCCUGGUACACAGCAGACGAACCGCGUGGGGAGUCAUACUGCGCCCAGCGCACUGCGGCGAGCGAAUCUCUCGUUGAACAUCUCACUCUAUACAGUUAAUAGGAAACUAUCGUUUAUGCUUACUGAAUAUCUCAAGGGCAGUACUUGACGUUAAACACCUGGCAUUCUGUAUCUAGGCGUCAACAUAUUCAUGCACAACACCUCAGGGAAAACGUUAAAACACACAUUAAACGUUGAAAAUUUUCAGCUGACUCAUUGCAUAUUAUCCUGCAUCACAGCAUAUGGGCCACUGACCAAGUACUCGAGCUGGGUAGUUAGUUAACGAAGUUAACCUAACACUGUUCAUUUUAUAUUGGUCGCAUCGUGGAGACGGCACCACAUGGAACUACAUAAACACCCACUAGUAAAUACCUAGUUGAACGACUCCCGCAGUGCAGAUUGCCGAUAAAAAAUUUACAUAACUUAUUGUUUCAAACGGCAUAUUAAUAAAAUAACCAAGAACACACCAGACACACAACGACGCAGCCACAUAAAGAACACCGAAGAACACUAGUCUUUGUGGAUAAACAGGGCUGGGAAAUAUUACAUUGGUCCACAAGCGCCCUCAACCUACUUUAAAAAUUACGAGAGAUAUCCGCGAUAUCGAAGGACGCCCAAGAGGAGAGAGAUUUCCAAAAAGGCGAGGAUCCGCCCCCAUCCCCCCGUCUCCCCGGACUCUCUAGGGACGAACAAGGCAUCGAGAGGCUGCCAGAAGAGGAAGAAAAAUUUUCUUUUCAAGAGUGUAGUGGUUUUGAGAGGAGAAAGUGUGAUCGACCAAACUCAAUUCCUCUCUUGCUCCUUCACUUUCUACACGAGCUCCUGCUUCUUCUAAACUCCAAAAAAUGGAGAACCUGACUGAAGAGAAGAUGCAAGUGUUGAAGCGAACCUUCGCUAUGUUUGACCACGACAAGUCCGGCUUCGUUCCCACGGACAAAAUAGUGGCCAUCCUAAACACGCUCGACCUCAAGUACACUCACGAGGACGUCACUAAACGUAUCAAACGGGUUGAUGAGGGAAAGCUAGGCAAGGUCAACUUCGACAACUUCGUCAACAUCCUCAGCAAUUAUAUGAUUGACGACGAUGACGACGAUGAGGCCAUGUACGGGGAACUCAAGGAGGCCUUCAGGCUGUACGACAGGGAAGGUAAUGGUUAUAUCACCACCAGUACGCUGAAGGAGAUCCUCAAGGAGCUCGACAACAAACUCUCGGAAGAGGAUCUGAAUGGUAUUAUUGAAGAGAUUGAUGAAGAUGGAUCUGGUACUGUCGACUUCGAUGAGUUCAUGGAGAUGAUGACUGGUUAGUAAAGAUCUUCACCGCUCCGGCUUCCCCGUGACUUCGUCUCUUCCGUCUUCACCGGCGCAUCGUCUGGAUGCCUGCACACCCGCUCAAGGCCACCUUCAGGUCACAUGAAACGCAACUGCAAAUUCUCGCCAAUUUUCUCCAUUUUUUUUAUGUUUAUGGAGAAGCGCUAAACCCAUGGGGUCAUACAGCAGGAAAGGGAAUGGGAUGGGGGGAGGACAAUCAGAUUUGAUCGGUAAGAUGGAAGUGCCUCUAAUUCCAUGAAUUAAGAUUUUUUUUUACCAGUAUCAAGGCAUGACAACUUGCAUCUCUCCAAGACUGGGUUAUUUCCAGGUCUUCUGGUCAUUUCCACUGACUAAUUUUUUAUUGUCUACAGGUCGUUUCCUGGCUGCUUCCAGGUCACGUAUAGGUCAAUUCUAGGUUAUUCCCCCAGGUCCUCGUCUUGCUUUGAGAAGGGGUCCUCUAGGUUAUAUACAGCUUACAUCCAGGUCUUCACCAGUUCACUUAUGAGACACCUUUAUACCUGGCUGGUAUAUAUGUAUGUGACCUUAUUGCUUUCAGGUCACCUGUUAGUCAUAUACAUGUCAUUUCUGAGCCAAACCCUGAGUACCUGUCACACUGGUUGCAUCCUAGUCACUACCUCCUACACCUCUUCCUCCUCUCCUUCCUAUUCUUCCACAGCUUCAUCCUUCUCCACCUUCUCCUCACACAUUACCCUCUUCUCUUUCUCCCCGCCUCUAAUUAAGCAGCCUCUUCCUCCUCCACCUUUAAUUUUCCCCUUCCCCCUCAUCCCAAAUCAAAAUUUCUGUGGAAUAAGAUUUUUAAUCAAGUAAGACUGAAAGUCUGAAUAGUAAUUACAAAGAUAAACCUGAGAGCUGAAACUAGGUCUAAGUACGCUCUUUCGCAGUCAUCUGUGUGUGUGAGAGAGAGAGAAAGAGAGAGAGAGAGAGAGAGAGAGAGAGAGAGAGAGAGAGAGAGAGAGAGAGAGAGAGAGAGAGAGAGAGAGAGAGAGAGAGAGACAGACAGAGACAGACAGAGAGAGACAGAGAGAGAGAGACAGACAGACAGACAGACAGACAGACAGACAGACAGACAGAGACAGAGAGAGAAACAGGUUUACUUAAAUUUAUCGAUUAACUUACAAAGCAGUAAUCAAGUGUGCGGAGAGCGCUGCUUCGGGCAGCUGCUGAAUUUAAUGGCCUCUGAGUAGAGUGGCAGCUUUAAUGGCCGUUGAGCAGAGUGGCAGCUGCUGACCUUAAUGACCGCUGAGUAGAGUGGUAGCUGCUGACCUUAAUGGCCGCUGAGUAGAGUGGUAGCUGCUGACCUUAAUGGCAGAUGAGUAGAGUGGCAGCUGCUGACCUUUAUGACCGCUGAGUAGAGUGGCAGUUGCCGACUUUAAUGACCGCUGAGUUGAGUGGCAGCUGCUGACUUUAAUGACCGCUGAGUAGAGUGGCAGCUGCUGACUUUAAUGACCGCUGAGUAGAGUGGCAGCUGCUGACUUUAAUGACGUUUAUCUUUUGAUAAUAACAUACACUGUUUGACCCUUACGAGUUUAUCUCUUCCCUAUGAAUAAUAAAAAUAAUUAUAAUCCAUUUUGAGGUGUUUCUACCUUUUAAUGUAAUGUUAAAAAAGUACCUUUCUCUUCCCUUCCUCCAUUCUCCAUCCUCCAUCCUCCAUCCUCCGUCUCCCGUCCUCCAUCCUGCAUCCUCCGUCUCCUGUCCUCCAUCCUCCAUCCUCCGUCUCCCGUCCUCCAUCCUGCAUCUUUCGUCUCCCGCCCUCCACCCUGCAUCCUCCGUCUCCUGUCCUCCAUUCUGCAUCCUCCGUCUCCCGCCCUCCAUCCUGCAUCCCCCGUCUCCCGUCCUCCAUCCUGCAUCCUCCGUCUCCAGUCCUCCAUCCUCCGUCUCCCGUCCUCAUCCUCCUUUCUUAUCCCCCAGUCCCAUGUCCGUCCAUCGUAUUUCGUCCUUGGUCUUUCAUCUCUUAUCCUAUCCUCCGUCCUUCAUCCUUAUCCCCUUGUCCCUCAUCUCCCUGUUCCUCGUCAUCUCUGUCCCUAACCCUCCGUCCCUCAUCUCCUGUCCGUCAUCUCCCAUCCCUUCUUUCCCAUCCGUCCUUCCCCGUUCCUCAUCCUCCAUCCUUCAUCCCCCGUCCCGCAUCCAACUCAGAAAAAUCCAUUUGAACUUUCGUCAAUGGUUGGCAAUUUUCAUAUGCUCUGUCGUUUUUUUCUUUUAUUUAAAUUAAGAAAAACAGAAAUAUCUCCAUAUAUUUUUUACCACAUGUUUCAUUUCGUAUCAUUCAAUAAAGUGUUAUUAUUUGACUAGCAAAAAAAAAAAAAAAGAGAUUAAGGAUUAUUUCCUUUGUGUUCCGCUGUUGUGUUUAUCAGCUUCGAUAAAGCUGUGUAUGGUGUCAAAACACCGAAUGCUGAGCAAGUCGUCAAGAAAAACACACAAACAGUCAGUUACGUGUAAGCUUUACUGUUAACAUUUCGCCCACAAAGAGGCUUUCAUGAAUUUUUUCGACUCGAUAAAACCCAUGAGAAACAUAAAAACAAAUAUCUUAUACCUUUAUCUACCCAAGAGUUAUCCAUUACUUUAGAAGUUUCUCUCGUGACGGUGUUAAUGAAGUUUAAUAGGUGUUAUUUUUUUUAAUGGAUUCUGUUAAACUCCAUAAGACUUGAUAAACCUCAGUCUUAAGCGAAACUUUAUCUAAAAUAAAGUCUUGUUCUGCAUUAUGUUGCUCUGUACCCACUUGUGGACUUGUUGCCCAGGUCACCAGAGCUGUCUGUGGCCAGGAGAGUGAAACACACAUAGCGGUGACUGUUACACAAGAUUCCUCGCUAAUUAGAACUCCAUAAAAAUCUGCGGACUUCUCAAAUCCAGUUUCAGAAACGAAGGGUCGAACAGGCAACUUUGGGGGAUAGGAGGUAAUCAGAUUUGACCCAAGGUAACAAAACAUCUGAAGUUUCCUAGAUCAAUUGCCUUUCAACGGCAUCAAGUAGCAUCCCUAGGAGUCUUUUUUAUGGAAGAUACGUAAUGCCUAUCAAAAAAAAAAGACUGACACUGUUACAUGUGUUUCAUAAUUCAUUUUGUUGCCACUCACUGCAUUCUAUAUAAAGGCUUUUUAUCGUGUGUUUUCCUUCACCGGUUCCAAACAACCUGACUGAGGUCAUCCCGCACAAAAUCUCCUCCCUCCCUGCACACAAAAUUUCAUUUCAGUGAUUAACUCUGUGUCAUUCGAUAGGUUCCUCAUUUAGCAGUUACAAACACCUGCGUACAGAUGGUGCCACGAAACGACAGUAGGCAUGUCCCAUUGAUUCGUAAGUUUAAUAUGGUUUACCAUUAUGUUCUUAAGGCGGAGACGUAUCAUUGUAUCACAACCAUUCGGUAAUGUUUUAUACAUUGUUUAAUAAAUACAUUAUCGCAAUGACUUAAAUUUUAGGACACUAUAUUAACAAAUAAAUUGUUGUACGAGAAUGAUUGAGAAAUAAAAGAAUCUCCACUU